CCUCUUACUGAGCGAUGAUUGGUUGAAACUUUGGAUGGUCUUGUAACUUUGUUCAAGUUAUGUUAGUAAAGUAAGUUCAGCAGCAAAAGCAGUGAGCAUUUCCAUGAGGAAUACAGCUGUUUUUUACCGGGAUGAUUUCGGUUCAUUAUAAAGAUAAAGUGUCAUCUGAUAACGAUGAUGAAGAUGAUGGUCGUGGUUCACGGUCGUCUCCGAUCACCGAGCGUUCAGUUCGUGCGUCACGUCUGCCGUUCAGCGUUGAAGCGCUAAUGUCGAAGUCUGAAACGCGCAUCGAGAAAAGCGCGCAGGACGCGACCCUGGUGCCAUGCGUCAUAAAGCAGGACGAGCGAUCCGUGGACUCUUCACAACAUUGUGUAUUUGUCAAAGAGGAAUCUGCGUCCUGGAUGAUCCAUAAACCAAUAUCAACACCACCACGAACACAGAGUCCUCUGACAUGCCCUCUCAGGAAACACAAAACAAACCGUAAACCUCGAACCCCUUUCACCACCACUCAACUCUUGGCCCUCGAGCGGAGGUUUCGUCAGAAGCAAUACCUGUCUAUAGCAGAACGAGCUGAAUUUUCCAACUCCCUCAGCCUGACUGAGACGCAGGUGAAGAUCUGGUUCCAGAACCGAAGGGCGAAGGCCAAGCGACUGCAGGAAGCGGAGCUCGAAAGGCUUAAAAUGACCACCAAACCUAUUUUACAUCCCGGCCUCACUUUGCCGUUUCCACUUUGCUCACAAUCCCAGACAGCAGCAUUGUUCUGCGGACAGUCAUUUCCAUUUCAUAGACACAUGCUGCCUAUUCCACCUGUUGGAAUAUACUCGACACCAAUGGGCUACAGUAUAUACCCUCUCUCAAAAGAUGGGUUCUCUGUGGAUCCGGUCUAGAGGAUCUGACGUUUGUUAUUCUGUCAAGGAAACACCUUUGGUACAUCUGCUGGACAUACUGACUUUUCUGAAAUGGUAUAGAUUAUUAGAGUUUAUAUAAUCCUUUUUAAAGUGCCACAUCUGUGUACUUUGGAGACAACAGAGAGUACAGUGGUUUGAAAUUUGCUCAUUUUGAGUUGCAGUUUUCCUUCAUUUAUAGUGUGACAAAACGUAAUGGUGUUUUUGCAGCAUUUUGGAUUAAACUAUUGAUUCAAGUUGAGUUUUGUUUCAAAGGGUGGUUUAAACUUUUAUAAUAAAUUAAGUUGUAAAUAAUAAAUAAUAAUAAUAAAUGUGACCCUGGACCACACACCAGUCAUAAGUCGCACAGGUAUAUUUGUAAAAAUAGCCAACAAUACAUUAUAUUGGUUAAAAUAUAAAGUAAAGAUCAUGUUCCAUGAAGAUAUUUUGUAAAUUUUCUACCGUAAAUAUAUACAAAAUGUGUUUAUCAUUAGUAAUGUGUGUUGUUACACUUUUAAGUUGAACCAACAAAUCUUUUUUACAAAGUAAGUGUUCGUGCUGCUAUAAAAUUAGUUUAAUUCAUUAUUUGAGUUAAUUCAACUUAAAAUAUUAGUUAACUUAGUAAAAAUGUUAAGACAAGUAAUAUUUUUAAGUUGAAUUAACUUAAAAAGUGUUUGCGGUGCUUUGAAAUAUAAAGUAAUUUAACAAAUCUUAAUUUGGACAACUUUAAUUUAGAUUUUUCAAUCAUUCGAUUUUUUUCAUCCAAAUAUUGUCCUAUCCUAACAAACUAUACAUCAAUGAAAAAUUAUUUUUACCCCAUACACUUUUCACAAAGAAUAUUA